AUGCCGAUUAGCAGAUCAAAUACAAGGCGACAGUCAAUGAGAAGAAUGUCUUCGUUCUCACAAUCAUCAGGAAGAUUUGCCAAUUCUAGUCUGAAAAGACGACCUCUGAGGAAAGACCCGACAUUUUUCGGAUUCGUUGCAAAAGCUCGUCUGAAAAUAAUGAAGCCUCUCCUUCAAACUUUUCAUAAGGAUUUCUCGGCCGAGAAUGCUCCGGUUCUGUCUCUUCGCAUUUCUGUCUUUCCAGGGUUUUUGGUUGAUCAGUUCCAAAAGGCUCCAAUCACCAAGAUCCGCACAGACGACCACAGGUGGAAAAUUCUCGUUGACCACCGGCGCGCCAACUCUGAAAAAGAUCCAAAUGACGACCCUCUUGAAGAUCUAAACGAUGCUCGGGAAAGGACGCAGAAUUGGCUCUUUGCGAUGGACAACCUCUCGCCAGCAGCUUUAUCAACUCUCAAGAAAGAGCUGGAGAAACGAGUUCACUCGGCGAUGGUCAAAAUCAAUGAAACAGAAAUCCUAAACGAUGAAGAGAAAAAAUUCAAGCGCGAAUUGCUAACAAUGUUUGUUGAAGAACUGAAAGAGUCUGAGCGCGAUAUGCAGAAUGCUAUUGAGGGGCUCCGGCGUUCGCUGACUUCAGAUUUUCGGAAUCCGUUGGAGCUCAAGGGAAAUUCAAAGCACAGGCUGGAUUUUCUGCGGGGCGCAACGAUGCACGAGGAGCAAAGUUUCAACAAAUUGAAGGGGAUAGAAGAUAUGAUGGAGAAGUACGACGCUCAGAUCAAUUCCAUUGGUGUCUUCGACGAACUGCUGAAAGACGUCGCGAGAGCGGCAGACGUCCUGGAGGAUAAAAUUCAGGAGCACAUCGUAGACACGCCGCUUGAUGGGAGACAAAUUGAAGCUGUCAUGCAUAUUCGCGAAAACACCAACCCUGUCGUUCACAAAGAGGGAGUUGAAGAUGAUGACGAGCCGGAAAUCGACUCUUCUGAUGUUCUCGUCGACUCGCAGAAUAAUAAAUACGUCCUCUCAAAGCCAAAAGAUUCCACCUCGCCCUUGAUUGACCACCAUCUCGUAAUGGACUUGAUCACACUACUGUUGAUGUCAUUUCCCAUGGGCGCGGUUUGCGAGCGUCUGGGUCUGCCACCACUUUUUGGCUACAUCAUGACAGGUGUUUUUCUUGGCCCGAGUGGCAUCAACAACUUGAAAUCGAUGGUACAAGUGGAAACCAUUGGCGAAUUUGGCGUCUUUUUCAUUUUGUUCUUUGCUGGUCUUGAAUUCUCGCCGGAAAAGAUAAGAAAUGUCUGGAAAGUCGCCAUUCAGGGCCCGAUGAUGAUGCUUGGCCUUAUGGUUUACGUUGGCAUCACAAUGGGAUCGAUGAUUUUACACCAGAUUCAUAUUAAAGAAUAUGCGUUUAUAUCAGCUUGCCUUAGUUUGAGCAGUACUCCACUUGUGAUGAAAUUUUUGGAGCGCAAAGAAAAAGAGCGUACUGACUCUCCUGAAGCAGAAUGCUCUCAAUAUUUGAUGGGCAUGUUGGUUAUGCAAGAUGUUCAAUUAGGAUUGAUAAUGGCUCUUUUGCCUUCUUUGGCUGAAGGGUCUUCUAGUGAAUCUUCAAAUGAUAUUUUCUUCAACUUUGUCAAAAUCCUCUUCCAAACAUGCUUCAACUUCUUCUGUGUGAUGAUCAUCUUUUACCUCUUCUACCGAUUCGUCAUCAGCGCAUAUCUCAAGCUGCUGCAGAUGUUUUCAAAAGAAGUCGAAGUUCUCGGAACUACUUCUGUUAUCUUUGCCAUGCUCUUGACCACUCAAUGGUUUGGUAUCUCGAUGGAGCUUGGCUGCUUUCUUGGGGGCUUUCUUAUUGCUCUUAGCAACAGUUCCUGCUCCGAGAAUCAGGUCCACGAAAUUGAAAAAUCCGUUGGUGGAAUGCGCGAUCUCUUCUCGGUGGUCUUCUUCGCCACGAUUGGAUUUCAUGUCUUCCCGUCUUUUGUCGUCGGUGAGCUUACUGUGCUUCUUCUACUGACGUUUGUUGUUGUUGGAGUCAAAUUUGUGAUCAGUGUGAUAGUUCUCCGUGUCCUGUUGCCGCCAAAAGGACAGCACUUGCGCUGGCUCCUUUCAUCUGGUCUUGCUCAAAUCUCCGAGUUUUGCUUCGUCCUCAGUUCGCGGGCUCGGCGACUGAAAAUCAUUUCGCGUGAGGUUUACCUGCUCAUUUUGCCAAGGGAUUCAAAAACAAGCCACCAUCGUUGCUAA